AUGCAGGUGGCUUGUUCAACUUCUUUCUUGUCUCUAUGCGCGCCGUCGUGCCCUGCGCCAUAUCCCGCGGCGGCAGGUUCUUCUUUCUCUUCUUCCUCGUGCGCGCUUGUGAAUAUAUCCUCUCCCCUAUCGUUGAACUCUGACUCUACCGCCUCCGCCUUCGCUUUUUCCGCCGCGUCUUCACGUGAAGUCUGCGCUCCGCGCUCGUCGCCCUCUCCUUCGUUUCUGCGGCCUCCGUUGUCUCCUUUUCUUACUUCUUCUUCGCUCUUCUUGCAGCAUCGCUCCGGCGUCACUCCGUAUGUGAGGCCGACGGAGGAGACGGUGCACACAGUUGAGAUUUCUGACGGAUUCUUGAGUGAUGAAGAAGAGGAGCAAGCGCACUACCCCUUCGUGGACGCGCCGCUGAAUCUGCUGAUCGAUCCAGAGCCUCUUCGGAAGGAAAUGCGCGAGCGGAGACAAAGAAAACGGCGUCUGGCGCUUGCGCAGAGUCUCGUUGAGUCGCGGGGCGCGGCGCCGUCAGCUGACUCGACCCUCUCCGAGGAAGGAAAAUCUGAGCAGAACGCCAGCACGGAAAAACGAGAGAGCGCCACGGUUGAACAGACGUGGACGAAUUGUGCGCCCGCGGAAGAAGAAUAUGACCGCGAGCCGGAAGAUGUAAAGACCGACCUGGUGGAGCUCGACCGGUUCUACCGGGGUCUCGGGCCCUGGCCUUCGACCGAAGCUCUCCAGCGCCUCAACGCCACUUACGACAAGCUCCCAGGCACGCUGCACGACGACACGAAUCCAGAGCUGCACUUUCGAGCUGAAGUCAAGACUAUCGCAGAGGCGCAAGCCGAGUUCGAGCGAUGGCGGCCGCGCAUGGGGAUCGAUCGUUUGUACUGGGUUCUCGAGCCUGACGAGGAGAAGGAGCUGCCUCCGCAUUUUCUAAAGCGCUACAAGACAAUCCGGCGUCAACUCUUACCGGGGCCCCGGCAGCAGUUCACCAACUGGUUAGGCGAGAACUACGUGUCGCCGGACGAGCCGCUACCCGAAGUCGCCAUUCCAGAGGAGGAGCAAGAGCCAGAGGCCACUGCUGACAUGCUGCGGCUGCGGGAGGACACGUAUACGUACACCGCGCCUGUCUCGCCGAUUGUUGGCAAAACCGACAUGUACGACGACCCACCCGAUGCGCUCUGGCGGCGGCGAGUAGAGAACAAAAUUCGGCGCGUCGUCGAGUGGGGCUUUCCCGAGCGCGUACGGCCCUUCCGCACAGGCUUCACGACGUACGACGUCAGCUGGUAUGGCGGCCUGCUGGACGUCGUCGUCAUGGUACUGCCGGGGCCUUCGCCGCCCGCCGCCAAGCUCCUCUCGCUGCAAGAUCUCAAGCGCCUCCACCAGGCCAUCGGCGACAUGUUGGAGGACCUAGAAGACCGUGAGCAGCUCUACGUGCUGAAAAACCACCAAGUUGUCGUCUCGUCGCUGCCUGCGGGGGCGGAGCGGAGGCUGCUCUGCUGCCGCAAGGACUACAACCUCUUCGCGGGAUCGGAAGCCACCUUCGUGUUUGACCAGAACGCUGCAGAAGUGAUUUCUGAUCUUCCCGAUGAAGAGACGGCGGAACUGCUUCUAGAGGAGUGCGCCACGUCUGUCACAGCGGCCCGUCGAAGUCUGCUCGUGCACGAAAAGGCGAUGUUUCCUCAAGACUUUUCUCUCAAGCCGGAGACCGCGGUUCACGCAGAAGUCCUUCAGAACCUGCGGGCGGCGGUGGAGGCCUCGGGGCCUCUUCGGCGCGGCGCUGCGCGAUCCGCCGCAUUCAGGGGGGACGGAGAACACGAGGGGGGCGGAGUGAGAGAGAGAGAAGAGUUUCUAGCCGACCUUCUGGGGCGCAGCGGAGGCGAGAUCAUCCAAGGCUUCCUCCUAGGAUCGCCGAGUCCCCUUGUGCUCGCGCUGGCUGUCCGAGGCAGAGUCUGCUACGUUGCUCACGACCACCUCAAGCGAGUGUAUCGCACAGCUCCAGUGUCUUCUCCCUGGGUUCUGCGCUCGCUGCGGCGCGACGGCGACUUUUCGCUGCGGGCAGCGUCGGCGCCUGCGCCGCGGGAGGUGCGCAGCCGCCGGCAGGGCCCCGCGGGCGCGGACUCGCUCGGGGCUUCGCCGCUCGACACUGACGCGGUGAAAGAGCCUCUGUUGGACAUCGAGGGCGAGCUGUAUGGGGAGGCGCGCGCGGACGAGGAGGAGGACGACGAUGACGCAGCGCCGGAGGCCGAUGACGCGGACCUGGGGGACGCGCGCGACCUGUUUAAGUCCGAGCGGUCGGCGUAUAUGCGGAGAAUCGAGCGCGAGGGCGCGGGCGAAGGCUUCUACGGGGGCGACGACGCCCCCGCAGAGGGCGGCGACGAGCUGAAGGACAUGGCUGACGACGACAACAGUCCCUACGAACGCUUCGGGGAAGGCGACGACAGACGCGACGGCCUCGAAGAAGAGGACUACGACCAGUUCGACGAGGGCAGCAGUGACGAAGGCAUGAUACUCUAG